AUGUUCGCUAGAAUCACUGCUCUUGCUUCCUUCGCUAUCCCUCUCGUGUCUGCACUGACCCUCAACACACCGACCGGUAGUCCUUCGGUUGGCGACCUGGUCAAUGUCACUUGGGAGGCAACCACAGCCGACCCCAGUUCGUUCGGUCUUUACAUGGUGAACACCAUCUUCCACAACACAUUUGCCAUCGCAAACAACGUGCAAACAUCGGCGGGUAUCAUGACUCUCGUGCUGCCCCAGGUCCCUCUUGGUGACGGUUACACUCUCGAAGCCACCAGCAUCAGCAACAUCAACACCGUCUACGCACAAAGUGGUAGCUUUUCUGUUACCGCAAUGACGACUACCACAUCGCCGUCAUCGACAUCUACCAUGUCCACGAGCUCGAGCACGGGUUCCUCAGUCACGGCGUCGAGUGCUCAUACAACUAACACCGCCCCUGCUACCACAGCACAGGCCAGCUCUGCGUCUUCCACACCUUCGGCCAUCAACAGCAGUGGUGCUGCAUCGCUCAAGAUCGGUAUGGGCCCCGCUGCCGUUGUCCUACUCUCUGCAGUAGCUGGUGCAGCUAUCAUGUUUUGA